AAAAGAGAGAGAAAGAAAGAAAGAGAGCGACAAGGAGGAGGAAUAUCGAAUUAAAAAAGAAACAGAGCCAUCUGCCCAGUUCCCAUUGUCAUGCAGUGAGGUGUCUUUAUGGCCUCCAGGACAGGGCCGUCCACGUGAGAAGAGAAAUUUUUAAGAGGAGAAGAGCGGCCAGUGGAGUGAAGAGAGAAGAGUUUUACACAGAGCUAUGGCCUCGCUCAAGGAUGAAGACCUGGAGGAUCGACUGGUACGCAUUAAGCAAGAGGAUCGUGAGUGGGACGCAUACGCAGACUUUCGUGUAAAGUCGGAGGAUUGUGAUGAAACAGAUUCAAUUUUUGAAGAUGAGAAUGCUGCCACCAUUAAAGUUGAGGAUUCUGAAGAUCUGUCAGUUAGUCGUGAACGUCAAAAGCACAAACCUGGGAAUGUUUUCAAACAAGAGGCUGGUGAAGCGUCGCAUUUCAGUUUACAGCCCCGGGUCAGUCAUAUGGGACAACCAGCUACCCAGCAGCAUUCCGUGGAGCUGAAAUCAGAGAUAUUCGAGUCUGAAAAGAAAAUCGAUGAAGGAAACGGGAGAGACGCAGAAGAGCAGAAGUCAUCUAGGAGUGCGGGAAUGGACUUUCAAGGGAUUGUCAGCUUCUCCCUGUCAUCAUUUGCUCAGACCUCUCUGCAAUGUAGACCGCAAGACCUACGGGACAAGGAGAAGGCAAAAUCAACAAGAGGAUCCAAGAAUUUCACAGCAGCUUUUUUCCAGUGUAAUUCAGUUCCUAUGAGAGAAGACAUCACUAGUGAACAAGGACAAGGGGAUAACACAGGUCAAGGGGCCUUGCAUACUGGCCAAGAGUGUGGAGAAACAUUUAAAAACAAGUUUGACUAUAAAGAUAUCGAGUCAACCCAUUCAAGACCAAAGCCAUAUUGCUGUUCUGAUUGUGGCAAACAAUUCACUGUCAGUAGCUAUCUAAAGAAGCACAUAAGAGUUCAUACUGGAGAAAAACCUCAUUGCUGUUCUCAAUGUGGCAAACGAUUCUCUGCCAGCAGCAGUCUCCAAAGACAUAAAAGAACCCACACUGGAGAAAAGCUGUAUGGCUGUACUGAUUGUGGAAAAAGAUUUUUUGACAGUAACUGUCUUCGGAUCCAUGCAAGAAUUCAUACAGGAGAGAAGCCGUUUGGCUGUUCUGAAUGUGGUAAAAGAUUUACCAGAAGUGUCCAUCUUCAGAAUCACAUAAGAAUCCACACAGGAGAGAGGCCAUAUUGCUGUUCUGAAUGUGGCAAACGAUUCUCUGAUAAUAGCACUCUUCGCCUGCAUAAACAACUUCAUACUGGAGAGAAGCCAUAUUGCUGCUUUGAAUGUGGUAAGCGAUUCUCUAACAGCAGCAAUCUCCGGCAGCAUAAACAACUUCACACAGGAGAGAAGCCUUAUGUCUGUUCUGAAUGUGGUAAACAAUUUGGCCAAAAUAGCAGCCUUCGAAAUCACGUAAGAAUUCACACAGGAGAGAGACCAUACUGCUGUUCUGAAUGUGGCAAACUAUUCACUGACAGUAGCACUCUUCGUCAGCAUAGACAAAUUCAUUCAGGAGUCAAGCCAUUUAGCUGUUUUGAAUGUGGCAAAAUAUUUUCCCUUAACCGGAGUCUACAGAAACACAAAAGAAUCCACAUUGCUCCACAGUUGUGAAUGUACCUGAAUAUUUUCCAAAAACAGCAACCUUCAAAUUCAUUUAAAAAUAAACACUGAAAAAGAAUAUUAUUAGUGCUGGGAAGCUGGUAAAGGAUUCUCCCUUUUAAGUAAUUUCCAUAGGUGCCCACAGUGGAGAGAUGCCUUGUUGUUGUUGUGGAUGUGGUAAACGAUUCUGAAACAGCAGUGGCCGUCAUAGCUAUGCAAGUCUCAUGGCUUUUCUGAAUGUGUCAAGUGUUUCUCAGAUAGCAGGAGCUUAAAGCCAUGAGAACCCAAGAGGCGGAGACCUGGGAUUUAGAGAAGCGAUCAACCUCAAAUGAAUGUAUGACAACAUGAACUGAGUGAAACCGAGGAAAUUAACAACAUUGGGGGAAAAAAAAUUCAGAAAUAAAUACUCAAAUAUUUGUUAUGCUUUAGCCAGGCUUCCUCUGUUGGCUUAUUUUUAAAUUCUUUUUGUCUUUUUUUUUUUUUUCUUCAUUUGUUAACCCUUUAAAUACAGGGUCUCCGACUCCGGUCCUGGAAUGCUACUAUGGCUGCAGGCUUUCAUUCUCAUCCUUAAUUAAUGGCAAGGUUUUUGCUGCUAAUUUUAAUUUAUUUUGCCUUUCUUUAAACUGACUUGUAUUUUAAAAAAAUGUUUCAUUUUCUUUCUUUAAACAAUGAGAAAUUAGACACAGAGUGAACCAACAGAUGACCAGCUAAGUUGGAGCCUCAGCCACCAACCAAUUCCUUAAUUAGAAUCUGAUUCUUGUUAAUUAAGCCCAUUAUUUAAUCCCAUGGCCUGUUGCUGCUUUCAUUUUGCCAUGCCGGACAUUUCCAAAAAUGUUGAUUUUUUUUUUUUUCCUUUUUUUCUAAUAACACCAUUAAAGUGUUUGGUGGACCUUAGCAGAUCAUCAUUACUGAGACCAUCAUUCAGUCAGUCAUUAUCCAAGCUGCUAUAUCCUAACACAGGGUCACGGGGGGUCUGCUGAAGCCAAUCCCAGCCAGCAUAGGGCAUCCUUGGCAGGGUUCCCAUCCACCGCAGUAAGACCAUCACCUUUCUUUAUUUUUCAGAUAUUGCAUGAGAGACACAAGUUAGCUGGCUAUGUGUUGACUUGUUUUGUGUCUCGUUAUUGUUUCUGCUAAUUAAGGCCAUCGGAAAUAAUAAAGGGCUCUGAAUCUUAAAGAGUAAUUAAUUAAGGCAAAAUAAUUAAUUGGCAGCAAAAAUACUGAACUGGCCAAUAAUUAAGAAAAGGGUUAGAAUAAAAACCUGCAGCCAUAGUGUAGCGCUCCGGGGACCGGAGUUGGAGGCCCCUGCUAUAAAUAUUAUUUUUAUUUUAUAUUUUAUUUUAUUUUUAUUUAUGAUUAUUCUUCAUCUAAUUCUGUAUAUUUUGUCAGUUUUGAUUACUUUUAAGUUAUGACGGUCUGUUCUACCCAGUGUUUUCUGUGUGGAUCUCCACCUGUAUGUCACUAUUGAGUAACAACUCUGAGUCCUAUAAUGGCUGAUGAGAAUUGCAGUCCCACGCUGGGCAUUGUAUGCACUUGGUGUUGGUGAGUCCUCUUCCUUAUGUUUUGGGUUAUUCUUUUGGUUUUCUGGCUAAUUAGCAGGUUUUUGUGUGGUUUAGUCUAAGGAUUAUGACCGGUUUUAUUAACGUAUGGGGAGACAUGGUUACUGUGGAUUUAUUUAUUUUUUUAUUUUUUGACAACCCCUUGUGCUUCUUUUUCAUUGUACUUGACUUAUAUUUUUGUAAAUAAAGAUUCUUUGUUUGCCUGA